UGCGCGUGUAGCGAGAAUCUCGUACGAGGGCGAAUUCGAUUUCAAUGUUGAAUAUUUUUAAACAGAGAAAGGAACAUUUUUUUUUUUAAUUCAGAACAAGAGAUUGAUAAAGAGGCGUUUCUCACUAUGGAUGCUGACAUGGCGAAGGAAUUGAUUCCGAUCCUCGGGCAACGAAUCAAACUUUUCAACAAUCGAGCGCUGUAUAUUCAGAGCCAAACCCCAAACAAAGUGAACGAUACCGUGGAAUCCUCGGGCGCAGACACAGAGGUUUCUGUUCCAGAAACGUCGAGUUCCGUUGGUGCAGCAUCCGUCGAAAGUUUGAUGGCAUGCCCUGAUGAGUCUAACUGCGUCGAUAAUGGCGAGGAACUGAAAAAACUACUGCAGCAAAAUCCAAGGGGGAUCGCGAUUCUCAAUUCGCAACAGGUCUGCGAUCGCGAUCGCCGAAAAAUAUGCGAAAUUAUUGUUGAUCAUCUCCUCAUGUUCAAGAGACUAUUUUUCAAGAGAAUAUUUUCGAAUUUUCAAUUCAAAUUCGUAUUUGAUAAUAAAUUUGAUUUAAUAAAUUUAAUUUAAACUGAUGACGUUUUGUUUACAGGCUCGCAUCGUCGGAUUGGCAAUUUUGGGCGCAUGAAAUAUGCGUUCUUUUCAAAAACGAAUAGCCGGGAAAGUAUUUCACUUCAUACCACUCGAAACCAAAACGAUUGGCAAGUGGAAAAUUAUGGAACCAAUAUUGUAAUUCCAAGCGAUAUCUGAAGAAAACAAAAUUGAUUGACUCGACUUCACAAACGGAGGAUACAACGAUUCCUUUGGAAAUCACCCAGAAAUUAGAAAAAUUAAGAGCUAUGGGUCCUCAAGAUCCUGAGUUAAAAAACCUCUGGCAGGCAACAAGCAAUCACCGCAGGAACCUCGGAACCGUGGACGAGUACUUUCUGUUUUAUCCUAUUUUAGGAUCGUCCAUGGGAAUCUCUUUGCUUUGCCUGGAUUUCGAAGCGAGGAAGUGGGUUACAGAUCCACACGUCUUUCUCAAAACUUGGAACAAUGUGGCACAAAAAAUAUUGGCUUUCGCCAAGACCAAAAACAUCGGCCAAGAACUUUUGAUCGAGCAAGCGAUCCCGGCGACUUUAGAGUUACUAACUCUUCUUUAUCUCUUCAGAACCAAUCGAAUUCCGACAAAGCCUGGAACGAGAUGGCGGCAUUCGCAGGUGGAAGUUGCAGAGAGUUUUGUCAUGCAAAUUGAGAAUUCUGGAGAGCUUGACAGCCAACUGGAAAAACGGCGCACAAAACUCCUCAAAUAUGGGUUGACGCUACAGCCAUUCGUCGUAAUAAUCGGAUCGAAAACGAGUUUUUCGUCUGUACUUGUAAUUGUAAACGACGCCAAGUAUGAGUGCUCGAAUUUGAUGGCAGCGGUCGACUGCUGCUUUAAAAUAACCUGGGCGUUAUCCACAAAGUACCAGAUGGAAUCAGAAAUCAUUUGGAAGUUUUUGGAAAAAUACGUCUACGACAUCAAAAGUGAUGAAGUCUCCGACAAAAUUUUUCUCUCCGUAGACGCUUUGUGGUCCGAUAAUCAAACCUAAAUUUAUGGGUUUAAAUCAGGUACCGAAAUAAGUGUGCUACCGUACGGCAAAUACAAUUUAUUUCUGAAUAUUACUUCUGAUAUUACUA